AUGCAUUCCAUGGCAGCCCGUCUCCGUGGAAGCCCGUCUCUAUGGAAGCCCGUCUCCAUGGAAGCCCGUCUCCAUGGAAGCCCGUCUCCAUGGAAGCCCGUCUCCAUGGAAGCCCGUCUCCAUGGAAGCCCGUCUCCAUGGAAGCCCGUCGAUUCCAUUCCAUGGAAGCCGGUCUCGGGCUUCCAUUCUAUGGAAGCCGGUCUCGGGCUUUCAUUUCAUGAAAGCCUGAGACGCAGGAUGUUGACUGAGAAUGGCGAAGCCAUGAAGACACUGUUCGAAGUUAUCCAAUUCCAAAGCAUUUAUCGCAAACCUAAUGAAGGAUCUAGUCUCCCUGUACCGUCUAGUGUUCCUCUUGUGCCGUCUAGCGUUCCUCUCGUGCCGUCUAGCGUCCCGCUCGUGCCGUCUAGCGUCCCUCUUGUGCCGUCUAGCGUCCCUCUUGUGCCGUCUAGCGUCCCUCUUGUGCCGUCUAGCGUCCCUCUUGUGGCGUCUAGCGUCCCUCUUGUGGCGUCUAGCGUCCCUCUUGUGGCGUCUAGCGUCCCUCUUGUGGCGUCUAGUGUUCCUCUUGUGGCGUCUAGUGUUCCUCGUGUGGCGUCUAGUGUUCCUCGUGUGGCGUCUAGUGUUCCUCGUGUGGCGUCUAGUGUUCCCUACAGUCGAGCUGCCGACAGCUCCUUCUGGUCUCACUGUCGCCAAAUCACCAUUCGGUUAAUUACCACUCUUGAUUACGGCUCUGCCGUAGCCGCCUUGGACGUCUUGCCAUCUUUACCUUGGAACAACCUCUGCACCAUCAUGAAUACGGUCCAGGACCUUAUCGAUGAAGAAAACUGGCAAGCGGCGGCAACUUACGUGGUGCAAAAAGGCAAAUAUACAAGCCUCCUGCAACUUCGUCAAGAAGAACAAGACGAAGAAUGUGCAGAAGAAGAAGACCAACGGGUCGUGUAUGGAUUAAUCCUCUCCAUCAAGAAGUACCACGACAACUCCCGGAAACUCCAAUUUCUGCGCCACGGAAAGAUUGUGGCUAAAUACGACCGACUCGUCUUACUGAGAGAACUCAAAACAGGAGAGGCAUUUUACAUAAUCGCGGAAAGGGAAGAAGAGGCAUUUCAUUUAUUUAGAUCACCAAAUGUGCCUUACAUCGGCCAAUGGAUGGCAGUAUACGAGCCGCGAUCAGCGGGCAAAAUCCACCAACUGACGAUCUUGGACACCAAUACCUCGUUAGUUCCAUUGGCUCUAUCCCCUAAUACCGCGGAUAUUCGUUUGUCGACGGUGCUGGGAUCUGCCUCGAGCAAGGAACCAGUAAUGACGUUCCUGAUUGAAGUAAAAGCAAGUGACGUGCUUCUAGGAACAGUCGGCUUACCGCCAGCCUGCUCGGCCAUCAUGUGCAACUCCUUGCAUAUGAGCGUGCCUGUAAAAUCUCCUGAAAAAUCUGGAAAAUCUUGCCCAGCUCUCGUAGGCGGCCGAACAGAUCAUCGCACGCUAACCUGCAGCGUAACUAUUAAAGGACACAAAAUCAGCAGAUGUCCUUUCAGCAGCGAGACGCUGGCUAAUUUGCUGAUCUCGAAGACAGUCCUGCAGUCGGAGAAAAUAGAUCAAGACCUGGUGAGGGAGGGAGUGAAAAAGCUAUUUAAGAGCUUCGUCGACUCCGACAUCAGCAUCAUUGUAGGUGGCUGGUUCAAGCUGGCCGUCGCCCCCGCAGACUCGAACCAGGAUGCUCCGAAGCUGAGAAGGAACGUACACAUAUCUCUCCUAACUCCAAAAGCACUGCCCGAAGAUUUUCAGCCAAUUUCCAUCGAUCGGGAUAACAAUCCCGGGAUGACAAUUCCUACUACAGCUCCACAAGCUGAAAUACAUCCGUCCAUUCGGCAACGGAGAAUGCAUGCAUAUAUGACGCCGGACAUCACAGCAGAGAGAGCGGAAGAUGUCGCUGGACCUAGUCGCCUCCAAAGACCGAAAGUCACACCAGGACAAAUUCUUCUGACAAGUUUCACAACCAGGAGCAGAGACUUGGACCAUGAAGAACAAGCGACUGAUAACGACGAAACAGAAACAAGUCCUAUUCAAUGCCCCCGAAAGAAGCUCAGAAUCUUAACAAGGGCUGUAGUUCAUGAAAAUCAACCUAUGGACAGUGACCCAGAAGAAACCGACGCUAACAUCGAGAACAGCGAAUGAAUUAUUGCGGAAAGAUAUCACUUAAGGUUUUCCACCAAUUUGUAUUGCACUUUGAUUUGUAUAUUUACUGAUUUUGAAGUCAAAUAAAAAUG